ACACUCUCCGUGGACAGUCUUCGCCGCGCUACCAUUAACAGCUGACGCGAAAAUUUUGUACCAAUCCGAAAAUAAGAAUAUAAACUUGAUAAUAAUUCAAUAUUAUAAUUUUUUUGUUCAGUGCAUAAUUUAAGUUCAAUUUGUGUUUUUUUUUUUUACGAGAGGGUGUUUUUGUUUUCGAAAUGACGGUGGGGGUGCAGUCCAGCGAUGGGAUACUGCAAUUAGAAGGAUCAGAUAUCACAUACAUGGAUAUGAUAGACGAGACAGUGAGCUAUGGGGAGUCACAGAUCCAGAAGUUCUUCUCUGGAUCUACUAUACUUGUGACGGGCGGCACUGGAUUUCUUGGGAAGUUAUUGGUUGAGAAGCUGCUCAGGUCAUGUCCAGACAUAAAAAAGCUGUUCCUUUUGGCUAGACCAAAAAAGAACAAGGAUAUAACAAAAAGAAUUCAAGAACAAUUUGAUGAUGUCCUCUACGACAAACUAAGGAAAGAACGUCCCGGAUUCUUAAAAAAGAUAGCAAUUAUAGAAGGUGAUGUUGGACGAAUUGCUCUUGGCUUGAAUGAAGAAGAUAGAACCAAAGUUAUUAAUGAGGUAGAAGUAAUCUUCCAUGGAGCAGCGACUGUCAGGUUUGACGAACCUUUAAAAACGGCCGUGGAAAUUAAUGUUCGAGGCACAAGGGAGAUAUUAAAUUUGGCCAGAGCCUGCAGCAAGUUGCGUGCCCUUGUCCAUAUAUCAACGGCUUAUAGUAAUUGUCUAUAUAAUGAAAUCGACGAAAAGUUCUACGAGCGUUCUUUGCCUGGUGAAAAAUUAAUAGACCUAGUUGAAACAAUGGAUGAAAAAAUAAUAAAUAACAUCACACCUGGAUUACUUGGCGAUUUCCCCAACACGUAUGCUUAUACUAAAGCCGCCGCUGAAGACAUUAUUUUGAAGCUCUCUAAAGGUCUACCAGUGGCACUAUUCAGACCUGCAGUAGUAAUUGGUACAGCGAAGGAACCUUGUCCUGGAUGGAUCGACAACGUUUAUGGUCCGACUGGUGUCGUGGUUGGAGCUGCUGUUGGUCUUCUCCAUGUUCUCAACUGCAAUCCCAAGGCAAUUGCAGACUUGGUGCCUGGUGAUAUGGUUGUGAAUAGCUGCAUUACAGUCGCGUGGAAGACUGCUAAGGAAUAUCCCGGAAACCAUGAAGACGCUCCACCUCCCGAUUUACCACCACCAGUUUAUAAUUAUGUUUCGUCUGAACAAAAUCCGUUGACUUGGGAAAAAUUCAUGAAGUUAGUCGAAGUACAUGGCUUCGAAGUGCCACCAUUGGCAGCAGUCUACUUUUAUUUAUUGCAUCUGACCCCCUCUCGAUUUAUGUACAUGUUAUACUCCAUCUUCCUUCAUUGGAUACCAGCUUACAUUGUCGACGCUAUUACCGUAUUGAUUGGAAAAAAACCUAUGUUACGGAAAGCUUACACGAAAAUUGCAAAAUUCGCCGACGUACUCUCCUAUUUCGCUUUACGCCAAUGGAAGUUUCAUAAUACAAACACACAGAAUCUGUACAACGAUUUGAACGAAGCAGACAAACAAAUGUUUGGCUUUGAUAUAUCUUCUAUUAGUUGGAAUGAAUAUUUCUACAAUUACGUUCGUGGAAUUAGGAUCUUUCUUCUAAAAGAUCCCAUAGACACAGUACCGGCAAGCCUUAAAAAGUAUAGCAGACUGAAGUACUUGCAUUAUACAUUCUGCACAAUUUUGUGUUUGGGUUUAUUAAGACUUUCAUGGAGUAUAAUUAGCUUUAUUUAUGCAUUAGCUUAUAGGUCUUUUUGAUUGUAGUUCUAUCAAUGAAUGCGCUUUGUUAUUUGAUUUCAAACUAUGACGUAGUGUCAUAAAGUAUUCACAUUGAUAGAUAAGUAGAGAUGUAAGAGUUGUUGAAGUUUUGUCAUGGAAAAUUAUUAAAUGGGCCUUAAUUAAGUCCUUAAUAUAUAAAUGUUGAACAAUUAUUAGGCCAUUCUAAUAAAAUUCUACACGUGGCCCGUUAACAGGUUAGAAUAUCUAAAUUAUUUCGAUUUUAUGAACAUCACAUUAUUAUUAGAAGAUUCAGUUCAACUUGAAAAAUUCUUUAAUCGUAUUCAAUAAUCGAAUCGGAUAUACAAUUCUCCAGACAGAAAAAUCAGUUGUGUAAAAGUUAAUUAACUGAAAUGUUUUUCAAAUAAAAUUAUAAAUAUUAAUAAAAUUAUAUCAAAGCGUACAUUACUUGAUAUAAAUGUAUUUGUAUAUAAAUAUUGUGAUUAUAUUUAAGCAGAAUAUAUUGUAAGUAAUUAGUUUAAAUCGAUGGAAUGGUAUGGUGUGGGUCAAUACAUAUUUUUUGAGUAACAAAAUACGGGCAAGAAUGUUAGUUGUAGUAAUAAAAUCACUUUUCUAUAAUCCUAGAAUUUCUAAGAUGCUUGUUAUGAACAGGAUUCGAUAAUAACUUUGUGUGAUGCCCUUUCUUCCAUUCGUGACUGUUAUACUCUCUCUAUGUUUGCAAAUGACUAAACAUUUUGAACUAUAUAGCUUAUUUUCUGUAUGAAUUCUUCCAAUAGAUAUCUAGUUGUAGUCUCAAUAUCAACAAUUGACAAAAAUUAUAACAUAUAGCUGUAGUCUUUUAGAUUCUAUUGCGAAAAUAGGUUUACUACCUGAUAUUGAGUUUAGUACCUGCAAACCAAUAAUAUUUAUGGUGUCAUGGUAGAUAAAAAAUGGCAAUCUAAUCGAUAUAUACCUUUGAAGUUGAAAAAGUUAAGGUAUAAUUAUAGUUGUUCAGUCACCAUAAACUUGAUUAGACGAUAAUAUAAAACCAUUUAUAAGUAAAUAAGUAUUUACUAGAAUGAUUAAAACUAUGCUAUCGCAAACAUAUCUAAAGUAUGACAAAUGUAAUACGUUAGAGUGAGAUACGAUCACUCGGAUGCAAGUCGUUUAGUUUUCAUGAAAAAAAUAUUUAAUUUGGAAUUGAGGUUAUAUCAAACUAGCGAACAUACGACCAUCUCUCACACUAGUAAUUUUUUGGUUUAAAGCAAACUAUCUAAGAAUAUUUUAUAUCUAAACGAUUUACUGCUUUAUGUUUGCGUUGUUCUUUUAUUCCUACCUACCUGGUUCUAUGUUCUGGCAUUUGCGCUAUGAUCUUGUUCUUAAAAUCUAAAUCCACCAUAAUAUACAAGGUGGAACCGAAAUAGUUAAUAUCUUUUUAAGGGAGUGUUCUGUUUGUAAAAUUGAACAUUUUACUUCAAGAAACAUGAAACAAAAAAAUACAGCUUUCUUACUAGAAAUGUUAGUGUGUGUGUGGCAAACCAUUUGUUGUGUUUCGUUUUAUGUUUCUUUGUAGAAAGUAAAAAGUAAAAAAGUGUAAAAAGUAGUUUCACUUGUAGAACAAUCCCUUAAAACUUAACGAUUUCGAUUUCAUCGAAUAAUAAUUAAGUAAUUCAACGGUUAUAAUUCUUACUACGAUGGAUGCUAAAAAUAGUUAUAACUUACCAAUGGUACUUAUUACACUUGUUACCAUUAUCUCUUGUUAUAAUUAAUUGUUUAUAUAAAUAUUUCAAUGUGAUAAAUAAUAUCGAAUUUUGCUCAGUUAUUUUAUUUUAUAGAAUAAAUAUUUUUGUAUUUAAUUUGAAAUGUAUGUCAAUUUGUGAGUAUAUGUGUUAGUUGCCAUUUAAAGUUAAUAAAACAAUUUAAUAAUGGA